AUGGGGAUCGCUCACAGCAUCCCCGGUCAGGAUUGCCUCCUCGCCGCAGUUGGUCACAACUCGAGACUCGUGGCUUUCCAAGAUGACGCCUUCUUUCACUUACGAACGCCACCUGUUUACAAUCUCGACCGUCCAGUGACUCCAAUUGCCGUUACCUUUCCAGAGAACUCGGAGCAGGUUGCCAGCAUUGUACGAUGUGCGGCAAGUAACGGUUACAAAGUCCAGGCGCGCAGUGGAGGGCACAGCUAUGGCAACUAUGGCCUGGGAGGCGUCGAUGGUGAAGUGGUCGUUGACUUGAAGAAUCUCCAAGAUUUCUCAAUGGAUCCUUCCAGCCACAUCGCCACCUUUGGAUCGGGGACCUUGCUGGGCGAUCUUCACUCGCGACUAUACAAUGCCGGCAAGAGAGCCGUGGCGCAUGGAGCCUGUCUGAGCGUUGGCAUGGGUGGGCACUUUACAAUUGGCGGACUGGGUACGAUGUCGCGGCAAUGGGGGAUGGCUCUGGACCAUAUCAGAGAAGUCGAAAUGGUCCUUGCUAAUGGAACCAUCGUGAAUGCCUCCGACUCCCAGAACCAGGAUGUCCUGUUCGCGAUCAAGGGCGCCGCUGCGAGCUUUGGCAUUGUCACCAAGUUCAAGUUGACCACUCAUCCCGCACCGACACAAGCCGUGCAGUUCUCCUACACACUCAACUUGGGCAGCACGGCAGAGAGAGCUCGGCUCUUUAAAGAUUGGCAGCGGUUCAUAUUUACCAAGAACCUUACCCGUCAGGUCUCGAGUGAGCUUGUCGUGUUCGAGUUAGGGAUCUUGCUCUCGGGGACAUUCUUUGGGUCGCUCGAUGAGUGGAAAAGCCUGGAAAAAGAGCUGGAUUUCCCGGCUGCGGAUAAAGGAAGUGUGAUCAUUUUGACAGACUGGCUGGGUAUGAUCGCGAGCCAAGCCGAAGACCUCAUUGUUCAGGUCGUUGGCGGCAUCGCCUCUGCAUUCUAUGCCAAGUCGAUGUCCUUCACAGAUGCAGUUCCGGAAGAAGGUAUAGACUCCUUGUUCAAUUACCUUGCCUCUGCCAUGAAGGGCACCCCUGCCUGGUUCAUCAUUUUCGAUCUGGAGGCGGGUGCGAUUAACGACGUACCAGUGAAUGCCACAGCUUACGCACACCGCGAGACAAUCAUGUGGAUGCAGUCCUAUGCAGUCAGUCUCCUGGGUCCAGUAUCACAAACAACCAAAGGGUUCCUGAAUGGCAUCAACAAUGUGGUCUCCACCUCCCGUCCGGGUGCUUUCUAUGGCGCGUAUCCCGGCUACGUUGACCCCUUGCUCGAAAAUGCUCAGGAAGCUUAUUGGGGAUCCAAUCUGCCGAGAUUGCAGAGCAUCAAAGCGCAGGUUGACCCGAUGGAUAUUUUCCACAAUCCUCAAAGCGUUCAAGUCGUUUUAGACCAUUCUUAG